AUUUCCCACUGUUACUGGGCUAAACCAGGGAGAGACGUCUUCUGAGUCCUGGGGGAAAAUUUGCUUGUAGAAAUCAAGUGUUUAUGAUGUUUUUCUGAACAGAGGCACUCUGUCACGUGUAAUAAGUCCUUGUAAGUGUACUAGCAAUAAUGCUGCGUGUCUGUAGGAAAGCGGCUGGUGCAGCAGCUCAGAAGUGCCUGCAUGGCAGUGUACCCCUCUGCCCCCGACAGCCCUGUCGCCUCUAUACUACGGCGGGAAGCUCAGGGGCUUCUGCAGGCAAGAUCGUGGGAACUGGUCUUCUGUUUUUAGGUGGUGGUGUUGGUGGCACCAUACUGUACGCCAAAUGGGACCCCAAGUUCAGAGCAAACAUCGAGAAGUCUGUCCCCUAUUCAGAUCAGGUGUUUGAAAUGACUCUAGGUCCAUCCACAUAUUCACCACCAUUGCCAAAGAAACCGGUAGCCUCAGAAUCCCUGAAGAUUUCCUCAGUCUCUGAAACGGGCAAGGAUUCGAAGCAGCCCAAAGCGAAAGCCAAGGAGGCGGAGUCCCCGGCAGUGAAGGAGCCGCCCCUCACUGGCCCACAGACCCUGGAGGAGGCCUCUACGGAGGCAGCUCACAUCAUUUCGGCCAUCAGCGAGGUGCCCUCUGUGCCCGCACCCGGCACCCACCACGCUGAGGCAGAGCCCCUCCCUGACGCCCCGGCCAAGCCCCCUGCAGGAGCGGAGUGUACAGAGUGCGCCCAUGAAGACUCGCAUGCAGUGAAGGAGCGCCCCCCAGAGGAAGUGGCUGCCAGACUCACCCAGCAGGAGCAGGCUGAGAAGGCUCUCCUGGCCUCUCUGACCGCCGGCUUGGAGGAGGCGAUGUGUCGCACGGCCAAAGUGACCCUGCAUGCCAUCGAAGCCCAGAAUGCUGCUGUCCACGCCAUCUCCGUACACACACAGAAGCUGAAGGAAGCCAUGGACGACUCCGAGGUGACAUUGGAGGAGAAGUCUUCUCAGUGGCGGGUGCUGGAGGACGCCCUGCAAGAGCGCAGCAGGACCGUGGACCAGGCCUCCGACACCCUCCUCAAAGCCAGGAACGAGCUGGAGAACCUGAAGGGCAUCAUCGACAAAGCCAAGCAGAGCGAGAUCGCAGGCUCCCGGCCGCAGAUCAUCAUCGCUGAGGAGCACCUGCACAACAUGCUGGUCGAUCUGGACAACGUGGUGAACAAGGUGCAGUCAGCCCAGACGGAGGCGAAAAUUGUCUCCCAGUACAGCGAGCUGGUGGGCGAAGCGAAGAAGCAGUUCCAGAAGGAGCUGAGCAGCAUCAUGCCUGAUGUCCAGGCAGGCUGGAAGGGCCUCAAGCUAUCUGACGUAGCAGGCAAGCUGAGCCCGGAUGACCUGAAUUCACUGAUAGCCCACGCGCAUCGGCGCAUCGACCAGCUGAACCGCGAGCUGGCUGAGCAGCGAGUCCGUGAGCAGCUCCGCAUGGAGGCUGCGCUCAAGCAGCAGCGCCAGGAGGACAAGAAGGCCCUGGACAAGGCCGUGGCCACGGCACUGGAGCGCCACCAUGAGGAGCUGCACCUUGAGAAGAACAGGAAGGUGGAGGAGGUCCGGGAGGUGAUGGAGGUGGAGAUGCGCACACAGCUGCGCAGGCAGGCUGCUGCCCACACGGACCAUCUGCGUGAUGUGCUGAAGGUGCAGGAGCAGGAGCUCCGGGCCCAGGCCCAGGAGACACUGACCAGAAAAAUUAUGGAGCAGGAGAUUGAGUUCCGGCGGGCCAACCAGGAGCAGCUGGACCAGUUCACCAUGGACAUGAACGAGGCCUAUGCCAGGCUGAAGGGUCUGGAGGAGGCCAUUGACAGCCAUGCAACCGCAGAGGAGCAGGCCCAGAAAGCCCACCAGCUUUGGCUGUCCGUAGAGGCGCUGAACUACACCCUGAAGACGGCGGGGGCUGACACCCCUACGGAGCCCCUGGAGGGGGCGGUACGGGCCGUGCGGGACAGCUGCGGCGAGAACGAGUUCGCCCAGGUGCUGACCACGGCACUGCCCACCGAGUCGCUGCAACGCGGCGUGCUCAGCGAGGCCUCGCUCCGGGCACGCUUCUACAGCAUCCGCAGGCUGGCGCGCCGCGUUGCCAUGAUCGACGAGACGCGCAACAGCCUGUACCAGUACUUCCUGUCCUACCUGCAGUCGCUCCUGCUCUUCGAGCAAGAGCAGCUGUCCCCCCCGGACAAGCUGACCCCCGACGAUCUGGAUACCUUCAAACUGCUCUCGUAUGCCACCUACUGCAUGGAGCACGGUGACCUGGAGCUGGCAGCCAAGUUUAUGAACCAACUGAGGGGUGAGCCUCGCAGGGUGGCGCAGGACUGGCUGGUGGAGGCACGGCUGACGCUGGAGACGCGGCAGAUCGUCAGCCUGCUGUCGGCGUAUGCGAACGCGGUGGGGCUGGGCACCAGCCAGGCCCAGUAGGCCGGCAGUUCCACACGCGCAACACCAGAGCCUUUAUCUCAGUCCAUCGCGGCUCAGCACCUCUACAUCUUUCAGAUAUUAAUGAUGAUGGUUAUAUGGGGGUGUCAGAUGGGACGUGGGCAUUUUCAGUAAGAGGGUCCGUUCCAUUUGUCCCCUUGGCUGUCCUACGCCCGCUGGGGAACACGGAACAACCCCACCCCCCCACCCAAAAAUUGGUAGACGUAAUUGUGCUGUGUGCACAAACGUGCCCCGAUUCCAUGACACUUCAAUUGCAACCAGUCUCAUGUCAUGGUUUAUAACGCGCACUUGGUUUGCUAUACUAUCACCAUUUCAUUUUCUUUUUAAUUUAAUACCAGAUGUUUCCAUGCGCUGGCCGUUUGUUGACCAGGCUUUGUGUUGAUUGUCAGUACAGCUUCCUAUCAAUAAAUCCUGGAAAAUCCUCAGCAUUCACUUGGUUUCCUUAUUGAUCUGAGGUGACCUACAGUGAAGGUACCACUGUCAUUAUUUAAGUCUUUGUAAAACUACUUGUUACUCAUUUUAAAUGACACUUCCCAACAAAAUGACAUCGCUUGUCGAAAGGUAUGCCUGUGUAAAAUACUUGCAAUCACUUUUAUAUUAUAGUGGAUUAUACUUGCAGUUAUAUAGUAUUAUAAAAAAUAUGCAAAUAUGUUUGAUAUGUUGAAAUUGUCCUGUAAUUUCGGAUGAUGAUAGGAAAUCCACUGCUCCUUUACGUGCUCCUGAGCUCUCCGCUGCAGUGUUGGUGCUGAUCGCACGCCAUACAUUUGCGUAACCAGUCAUACUUCAUUACUUCAUCUAGGAAGGCGUCACUUUCACUGUACUGACUCCCCCCCCCGCCCCGCUGACCAUGUACACUGCUGUGGACAAGAGUGCAAGGCGUGUAAAUAAAGGAAAAGCAGAAUGGA